AUGCGAUGGUGUUGGCUAAUUCUUGCGAUUUCGACGGUUGAGGGGAUUUUGCAAACGGGAUUACAAUUGAAAAUCGACGAGUUCUUCGAAUCACCGGGGCACACUAACAAUUGGGCCGUUCUUGUUUGCACAAGCAGAUUCUGGUUCAACUACCGCCAUGUGGCCAAUGUACUUUCUCUUUAUCAUUCGAUCAAACGCUUGGGUAUACCAGAUAGUAACAUCAUAAUGAUGCUCGCUGAAGAUAUUCCAUGUAAUUCAAGAAAUCCAAAACCAGGCACCGUUUUCAAUGCCCCGGGUGGUGUGAAUUUAUAUGGUUCGGAUGUUGAAGUUGACUAUCGUGGCAACGAGGUCACUGUUGAGAAUUUUAUUCGAGUUUUAACUGGACGCCAUCACGAAAGCACUUCACGUUCGCGCCGGCUUCUCAGUGAUCAUCAAAGCAACGUUUUGGUAUAUUUAACCGGCCAUGGUGGAGAUAGUUUCCUCAAGUUUCAAGAUGCGCAAGAACUGACAAACGUUGACUUGGGAUAUGCUAUACAAACGAUGUUUGAAGACAAUCGAUAUCAUGAAAUGUUUGUGAUUGUUGAUACCUGCAGGAGUGAAUCAAUGUAUGAGUACAUUAAUUCGCCAAGAGUCCUCUCAACAAGUUCUUCGUUGACUCAUGAGGAAAGCUAUUCAUACGAUAUUGAUCAUGAAAUUGGAGUCUUUGUUAUUGACAGAUACACACAUUUCACUCUGGACUUCAUGAAUCAAAAUGUGAAAGCGUUAAACUCUUCGGCUUCGUUGAAAGAUUAUCUGGACUCAUGUCCACUUGCUCAAUGCUUAAGUACAGUUGGAGUGCGAAGAGAUACCUAUCCAAAGGAUCCUGCGAAGGUUCGAGUUACGGACUUCUUUGGUUCUGCUCGUAUUUUACACUACAUUCAAGAAGAUAUUGUUUUCGAUGAUGCCUGGCUCGUCGAACCUGUCACGUAUCAGCUU